AAUUAGAUAUAAAAGUAAACAUAGUAAAAGAAGUGAACUGUUAAUAUUCUUAAUUUGUUAUCUUUCACUUUGUUUUUCAAAUUACAAUACACUCGAUAUUUAUAGAAUCACAUAAAUUGUUCGUUUCAAAUUGAUCGUUUAAUAUCCCCAUGACGUUAGUGUAUAUAUAUAAUGUUUGUAUUAAAUGACCUAACCUUUGACUUCGAUUUCUUAACCUCACUUUUUAUUUAAAGUUGUUUUUCAUGAUAACUUGUAUUGAGAAACUUGUAUUUAUGAAAAAAUGGAAACCGUACGACCAUGUGGUUGUAAAGGAAUUCGUACAUGUUUGAUUUGCGAAGAACAAUUUAACAUAACAAAACCGGAUUUGAAAGAAAAGUUACAAGAAAAAUCCUCUUAUGUUUAUUGUCCACAUUGCGAUAAAGCAUGGGCUGGAUGGGAUAUAGAAUUGUACAAGCAACAUCCUCAUCAUAAAGGACAUGCGAUAAAUUAUCCAGGUGUUUUUAUUAAACUUGAUUUUUUAAAUACAGAAGAGACAUUGACUUUGAUGAAGUCGUUAGAUGAAUUACCAUGGGAACCAUCGCAAAGUGGUAGAAGAAAACAAAAUUUUGGUCCAAAGUGUAAUUUUAAGAAACGAAAAUUACGUUUAGGUACCUUCAAUGGAUUUCCACAAUCUACAGAAUUUGUACAGAAGAAGUUCAAUGAAAUUUCACUUUUAAAUAAUUUUAGAACAGUAGAACAAUGCACUCUGGAAUACAAUCCAAAACGAGGAGCUUCUAUAGAUCCUCAUAUAGAUGAUUGUUGGAUAUGGGGAGAACGUAUAGUUACAGUUAAUGUAUUAGGUGAUUCUGUAUUAACAAUGACACCUUAUACCGAAUCGAUUAGACGUUACAAUCUGGAUUAUGUAGAAAAUUAUUCUAAAAUUGAUAAAAAAAUAGAAAUAAAACAAGACAUGGUAAUACGUUUACCUAUGCCAGCAAGAUCAUUGAUGAUUUUAUAUGGACUUGCAAGGUAUAAUUGGGAGCACUCUGUGCUUCGAGAAGAUGUAACAUCAAGACGUGUCUGUCUUGCUUAUAGAGAAUUAACUCCACCAUAUCUUGAAAAUGGCAAACAUGAAAAGGAAGCAUCGGAAAUUCUUGAAAAAGCAAACAAUUUUUGGUAAAAAGAUAAAAUCGAGGAGCGAUCAUCAAGGAUCGUCCUUUUGAUAUACCUUUGCAAUGGCACAAAAAUAACAUAUUUCACAUCUUUCAUAUCGAAUGGAAAUUAUAGGACUAGCAAGUUGCAUGCCCUUUCAAUGGAUA